ACGACUAAUUGUAAACUGUUGGCAACUGGGACGGAUGUGGGCAAAGAAGAUGAGAAGGCGUUCACUCAGCCUUCUAUUGCAACAGUUGAACAGUGCCCGCCCCCCUUCUACGACACUAAGCACGACGCGGUGCUUGUGUAUGCGAAGCGUGUCACCUUUGUUGGUGCCAACUUCGAAGUGGAGGUUGCAGCCUCAGCAGCUAAGGGGAGUACGGAAAACGGUUUCGAACUUCCUGCACUGCACACUCCAUUCCCUCUUACCGCUGGGCCGGCAAUCGCCUCUCUCGGAGACCACGAGUGUCUUGUGUGGUCAGUGCGGUGGUUCGCCCGUUUUCUCCUGGAAGGAAAGGUCUACCCUAAGCGACUCGCUGCCUGGUUUCCCAAGUCGAUCAAAACCUCCACACCAACGCGCAUGAUUACGCUCUCCUGGGGCCUAGUCCGCUCAGAAGUCAGAGGACUUAUCUCAAAAAUGCUGUCCGAGAAGGUGAACUCGAAGCGUGCUCUGGAGGAAUGUUUAGCAAAGAAUCCAGACUUUCUCUCGCGUGAACUCAUGGCAUGGCUCCCCAUCAACUGUCACACAGAUUUUCUACUGAAGUGGCAUUCUUUCAAGCGCAAUUGA